AUGGGUAGAGGAGAGACAAACACACAGAAGCGGAAACGUCAGGCAGAUGCCAAUCUCGCUUCCAAUGAACAAAAAUCGAAGAGAAAAGUGACUACGGUACAGACUACUUCAGAUGGGAAAGUGACUGCACCGGUACCUGCUGCGGUUGACACUUCGAAACCUACAGCUGUCUUUCGACCUACGAAAGGCAGAGAUUGGACGGUCAGUGUAGCUUUACCGGGAAGUAUAAUUUCCAACGCUCAAAGCCAUGAUCUUCGAACGUCUAUGGCCGGCCAUAUUGCCCGCGCCCUUGCAGUCUUCUGCGUCGACGAAGUAAUCAUAUUUGACGAUGGUAAUGCUCGUCCUUCGAAACGUCCUCAGCAAUCGCAUAGCUACCAGCAAAAAACCCCAGAAGACGAUUACACAGCAAGUUCAGAUCCUGAUCAUUUCCUUACCCAUCUACUUAGCUAUCUCGAGACACCUUCAAAUUUGCGAAAAUAUCUGUUUCCAAUGCAUCCGAAUCUAAGGACAGCAGGCACAUUGCCUAGUAUAGACUUACCACAUCAUCUCAGGACCGAUGAUUGGUGUAUGUAUAGGGAGGGUGCUACAUUACCCGGUGCAGAUGAACAUGGAACAUUUGUGGAGGCAGGAUUAAGAAUACCAGUCACGGUAGCGGAACAAAUACCAGAGAAGAACAGAGUUACUCUCAAGUUCAGUGUGGAUGCCGAAAAAGCCGCAAAGGAUAGAACCUGUAACGUUAUUAAAGCAGAAGCUGUGAGCCCAGAUGAACCAAGAGAAGAGGGUGGAUACUAUUGGGGAUACAAUGUUCGGAGAGCUGGUGGUCUAAGCGACGUAUUUACAGAAUGUAAGUACGAUGGAGGCUAUGAUAUGACUAUCGGAACUUCUGAGCGAGGUGUCGAUGUCCAAGAUCUUUAUGGCGAAGACGAGGAACAGAAAGUGGGGAAGUUCAAGCACCUCUUGGUAGUAUUUGGAGGGGUUGCAGGACUAGAAGUGGCCGUGAAAAAUGAUGAAGAAUUUCAGAAACUGGGUGUUGUAGAGGCAAAAGAAGUCUUCGAUAGAUGGAUAAAUGUGUGCCCGGGUCAAGGCAGUCGAACCAUCAGAACUGAGGAAGCCAUAUGGAUUGGUUUGAUGGGGCUAAGACGAUUAGUUGUCAACAACGAAUAA